GCAGCCGGUGAUGGCGUCCGUGGCGGAGUUGGGGGGUGCGGGCCCAUGAGGCGGCCCAGGCCCCGUGCUCCCAGCACAGCCAGGAAGGGGCGGCGGCGCCGCGGCUCACACCCGCGCCAUGGCGGGCGUGUUCGACAUCGACCUGGACCAGCCUGAGGAUGCGGGUUCGGACGAGGAGCUGGAGGAGGGGGGUCAAUUAAGUGAGAGCAUGGACCAUGGAGGAGUUGGCCAAUAUGACCUUGGCAUGGAACAUUGUGAAAAAUUUGAGAUUUCAGAGACUAGUGUAAACAGAGGUCCAGAAAAGAUCCGCCCAGAGUGCUUUGAGUUACUGCGCGUACUUGGCAAAGGUGGCUAUGGCAAGGUGUUUCAAGUACGAAAAGUAACUGGAGCAAACACCGGGAAAAUAUUUGCCAUGAAAGUCCUUAAAAAGGCAAUGAUUGUAAGGAACGCCAAGGAUACAGCUCACACAAAAGCAGAGCGGAAUAUACUGGAGGAAGUGAAACAUCCCUUCAUUGUAGACUUAAUUUAUGCCUUUCAGACUGGUGGAAAACUCUACCUCAUCCUUGAGUAUCUCAGUGGAGGAGAACUAUUUAUGCAGUUAGAGAGAGAAGGGAUAUUUAUGGAAGACACAGCUUGCUUUUACUUGGCAGAAAUCUCAAUGGCACUGGGGCACUUGCAUCAAAAAGGAAUCAUCUACCGUGAUCUGAAGCCAGAAAAUAUCAUGCUUAAUCAUCAAGGUCAUGUAAAAUUGACUGACUUUGGAUUAUGUAAAGAAUCUAUUCACGAUGGAACAGUCACACACACGUUCUGUGGAACAAUUGAAUACAUGGCCCCUGAAAUCUUGAUGAGGAGUGGGCAUAAUCGUGCUGUGGACUGGUGGAGUUUGGGGGCAUUAAUGUAUGACAUGCUGACUGGAGCACCUCCUUUCACUGGGGAGAACAGAAAGAAAACAAUUGACAAGAUUCUCAAGUGUAAACUCAACUUGCCUCCCUACCUCACACAAGAAGCCAGAGAUCUGCUUAAAAAGCUGCUAAAAAGAAAUGCUGCCUCACGUCUAGGAGCUGGUCCUGGAGAUGCUGGAGAAGUUCAGGCUCACCCGUUCUUCAGACACAUUAACUGGGAUGAGCUGUUGGCACGAAAGGUGGAACCUCCUUUUAAACCCUUAUUGCAAUCUGAAGAGGAUGUGAGCCAGUUUGAUUCAAAGUUUACACGUCAGACACCUGUUGAUAGCCCAGAUGACUCUACUCUCAGUGAAAGUGCCAACCAGGUCUUUCUGGGUUUUACAUAUGUGGCUCCAUCUGUACUUGAAAGCGUAAAAGAGAAAUUUUCUUUUGAACCAAAAAUUCGAUCACCUCGCAGAUUCAUCGGUAGCCCUAGGACACCAGUCAGCCCUGUAAAGUUUUCCCCUGGGGAGUUCUGGGGAAGAGGUGCUUCUGCCAGCGCAUCAAACACUCAGCCACCUGUGGAAUAUCCAAUGGAGACGAGUGGAAUAGAACAAAUGGAUGUGACAGUCUGUGGAGAGGCCUCGGCACCGCUUCCAAUCCGGCAACCAAACUCUGGGCCAUACAAAAAACAAGCGUUCCCCAUGAUCUCCAAACGACCAGAGCACUUGCGCAUGAAUCUAUGACACCACCAUUUUACUGCUUUCUUCU